GCUGCUGGCUGAAAAGUUUGGCUUCGUGAGAUUUUCUUAAAAUUUCAAAUUUGGCAUUAUUUAUAAUUCGUUAAAUUUUAAACUAACUUUGAAAAUUAAUGGGAUCCUAAGGGGCGGGGGCAAAGGCAGUAGUUAUUACUCGUUAAGAAUCUGAUUUUUCCCGAUUAUUGUGUUCCUUGGUACAGUGCCAACAAAGUCUGGUAUGAAAACUAGUUAUUACGAACGAUUCUAAACCACAUUCAUCAUCUGAAGGAAAGAAGAUGAUAACAACGAGAGAAAUUUUGGACCUGGAUUUACCGAAUUAUAACUUCAAUUGAGUUUAAAAUUAACUUGGAUGAGUUCUCCUGACGAGCAAGAUUUUCCUGGACAUCUUUGCCAUCAAGCAGCCUUGUGGGACAAUGAGGAACUAUUGCUUGAUCUCUUAAAUGGAGAACUAAUUUCCCAUAUCAAUUCGCUCGAUUCUUGGGGGCGCACAGCUCUACAUGCCGCCGCAACCACAGAUAACUCAAAAUGUCUCAACAUUCUUCUUAAAGCUGGAGCGGACCCCAAUAUUGCAAGCGGUGCCCAAGAUAAUUUCAAGACCCCAUUGCAUACAGCGGCAGAACAUGGGUACUUUUCGAAUGUUCGACUCCUCAUUCAAGCAGGAGCAAAUCCAGAGAAAUGCGAAGGUCAAGGAUACACUGCAAUUGAUCUUGCAGAGCGUGGUGGUCACACCUCGACAUUCGAAUAUCUUAAAAAGGCUGAACUUACUAAGGAAGAAGCGCGAGAAAACUUGCAUUCGAGUAUCAGAAAUUCGGUUAGCGUGGGUGAUGUAGAAACUGUAAAAUCGUUGCUGAAGGAAGUUGGAAAAGUGGGGGCUGAAUCAAUUGUGAAUUUUACACCGAAUGGAACCAACAGUUUACUCUUCAAAGCAUGUGAAAUUGGAAAUAAAGAACUUGUACGAAUGUUACUCGAUGCUGGUGCUGACGGUCGUAUUCAUCCCGUUACAAAAUAUUCACCACUGUAUAUUUCCUGUUAUCAUGGACAUAAGGAAAUGGUGUCAAUGUUGCUUAAGAAGUUUCCCCAUCUUGUCCAAGUCCCUACCGUCGAAAAAUGGCUUCCUCUUCAUGCAUGCUGCAUAAAUGGUCAUGCUAAUAUUUUGGAGCUGCUGCUCAAGUUUGAUUACCCUGAAGACAUUCUCAUCACGUUGCGUCAUUUUUCUGGAGAUUGGGAGUAUGAAAUGCCAUUUGAUAUUAAUAUGAAGGACGUUUCCGGGCAAAACGCACUGUACAUUGCAUGCCAAAUGGGCAACCAAAGGUUGAUUGACACCCUACUGAAGCACAGAGUUGAAGUCCGCAAGCUUGGGGAAAAACGACGCGCAACUAUCCAACCUAGUGAAUCUGAACAAAACUUUGCAGAUCUGACUAAAAAUACUAGUCCAAACAAACGACGGGUUUCAGAAAGCAUACAGGGAAUUAUUAGCAAAUUAUCAUUAGCUACGAAUCAAAAUUUAAUUUCUUUGAAGAGGUCAGAAAACCUUCUAUGUCCCAUCGACGUGAACGCGUACUGCGAAGAUUAUCAAACUCCCUUGCACGUUGUCGUAAAGCAGAGGAAUCACGCCAUUGCAACCAUGUUGCUGAAUGCAAAAGCUGACCCGAAUUUACCAAUCUUGCCAUCUCCUAACAACUCCGCCGGGACAGGGACGAUAAAUCGUAGCAAGAAUCCAGCUGACCAACGCUGCAUUAAACGGAAAGAUGAAGCGUCGACAGCCUUGUUAGAAGCCUGUUUACAUCGUGAUCUUGGAAUGAUUGAACUUUUACUAAAAUACGGAUCACGGGAUGACGACUGCAAAGCAAUUGCUGUCAUAUCUCACGAUGAUAUUAUCGUUGGGAAAAUAUUAGCCUUAAAGUCUCAUCUCGACUCGGAAAACAAAAUAAAUUCAUCGUACAUCAACGACUAUAUCCUUCUUAAUUUAAAGAAAGUUUCUGCUCUUACCUCGUCGGUAUUUCCAACUUGUGCUGUUAAUAUCAACUGGCACAAUCAAAAACUGGAUCGUGUGUGUGAGCAAUGGUUGAUCAACGCUUCCAUUCGAAUCAACCCAAGACUCCGUUUAUGUCCAAGAAAUCAAAAUUUAGGAUUACAAGCCAUAACACGGCUGGAUCUAUCGUCAAAUGUUUUAAAAUCUUUGCCUCGAAUUGUUUGGUGCCUUUGCAGUCUCAAACAUUUAAAUCUAAGCCACAACAAGAUUGAAUCAAUUGAUCUUACAUCGGGAACAAUUGUGUCACCCAGUUUGGAGGAAAUUUUACUGAAUGAAAAUGAGUUAGAAGUCCUACCAGAAGAACUGUUUACUCAUUUUCCUGUCCUCAAUUCCCUAAACGUGUCAAAUAAUAAUUUACAAACGAUUCCAUCAACUGUCUGGUCAGCUCCAAAACUCCAAGACUUGAAUUUAUCUCUAAACCUAUUAACCGAUUUGCCUGCUCUGUCUUCUGGAAUGGAAUUUUCGGUUUUUGACUCGCUACCUUACCAGUCACUCGUUUCCAGUCCGGAGCCAAAGAGUCCCGAUUUUAUAGUAGUGGAUUUUCAGAAAACUCGGGACCGACUUAUCCGGAACUCUACGUCAUCAUCAGUAUCAUCAUCAGACAAUGCAUUACAAGAUUCUCAAUCCACGACAAUCGCGCAUCAUGCAUUAUGGAGAGAAAAUGUUAGCAUUGUUAAGGAUCAAGAACUCGCACAAAAAUCUUCAGCAAUUGAAUCUAGUCCUCUUCUGAAUUUAAAUCUAGCUCACAACUCUUUUCACAAAAUUCCAAAAGUGUUGGCUUGUCUCGCCCCGAAUUUACAGCGAUUAAAUGUUUCAUACAACAAUCUCAAAUUUAUGGGUCAUGUUGGGGAAUAUCCGACAGACCUUAAACAGUUGGACCUUUCACAUAACCAAAUUGAGAGAUGGUUCUACUCUCCAGACAACAAGGCUACCCUCAAACUAUUCUGUUAUGGAUGCACCGUUGACGAGGUAAACGUUGCAGAAGAUCGCUGCAUUCAUAAACGACAUGUUCGAAUGGAUCACCUGAAGACGCUACUUCUGAGUGGAAAUCUGCUCACCAAUAUCAUGGUUCACAAUAAUAAUAAUGAAGAUAGUUUGGCACUAGACGACACAACUACUUCAACCACUUCUACUAGCACUAGUAGUGGUGCUGUUGAGUCUAUUGGGAAAAAGUCUGCAAACAAAAACCUUUGGUUCCCAAGCAUUACUAUGAUUGACCUUUCUGAUAACAAAUUGAACGAAGUUACCCCCAAAGUUGCUGAACUGACUAGUCUAUCCGUUCUAAAUCUGAGUGGAAACUGUGAUAUAAAUGAUCUUCCACCAGAAAUGGGAUUAUUGAGCAGAAUGUGGAAUCUCAACAUUACUGGAUGCAAUUUGCAAGAGCCACUAAAGUCAAUGAUUGAAUCAAAACGAUGCAAAACAAUGGAUAUAAUCGGCUAUCUAAAAUCCGUUUUGGAGGAUGCAAAACCAUAUUCCAGAAUGAAACUGAUGGUAGUUGGAAUACAAGGUAUCGGGAAGACGACACUUUUACACCAACUUAGACAAGAAGGAAGUCAAAGGCACGCGAGUCAAGACCACUGGGCACGAAGAAUGGGUGCAGCUAACAAAAUGGCACUUCAGAAAUCAGGAAAACCAAUUUCGACCGUUGGUGUGGACAUUGGAUCCUGGGUUCUAGAGCGAAAAGGACCUAAAAGCAGCAAUUUUGGGCCGGUUCAAUUUCGCACGUGGGACUUUGGGGGUCAGCGUGAAUACUAUGCUACUCAUGUCUACUUUUUGUCAAGACGAAGUCUAUACCUUGUCGUAUGGAAUAUUUGUGACGGAGAGAAAGGCUUGAAUGAGAUAGUUCAAUGGCUCGUCAAUAUCCAGGCACGGGCUCCUAAUUCUCCAGUCAUUAUUGUUGGAACCCACUUUGAUCUCGUUUCCGAAAAGUUUCCUCCAGGAUAUCUUGACUAUCUUCAACAGAAGAUUAAGGAUCGUUUCAUAUUUGUUACGGAUCCUGAAAAACGUGGACUUCCCAAAGUUUUGUGUUCCGUAGAGAUCUCAUGUAAAACACGUCACAACAUUCGUCACCUUUCUAACCUCAUUUACGAAGCAGUAUUUAAUAUCAAAACCUCAACUGGUCGAAGGCUCCUGGAGCAAAAAAUUCCUUCAAAAUACAUUCAUUUAGAGGAGAUCAUAGCGUAUCUUGCGACUGAACGAAAAACGAACAAACUUGAUCCAGUAUUAAACGAACAAGAAUUUAAAAUACAAGUUUCUGACUGGCUAGACAAAGGGUUUGGACUCACAUUCCGCGAUGACGCAGAAAUAAUACAAGCAUGCUCUUUUCUUCAUGAAAAUGGAGUUUUACUUCACUACGAAGAUAGUACUCUGAGAGAUUUAUACUUUCUUGACCCACAAUGGCUCUGUGACAUGCUGGCGCAUGUGGUCACAGUUCGCGAAAUAAAUCCUUUUGCUAAAAAUGGAGUCAUGAAAGUUGACGAUUUACUACAUCUUUUUAAAGGCCAAUCUAGAGAGACUCGAGACUACAUUAUGUCACUUCUCAGCAAGUUUGAGCUUGCAGUUCCAUUCGACAAUGUCAGACUUCUUAUCCCUUCACUUCUUCCCUCAUUUGAACAAAUGAAAAUAGGACAAGACGAAGUACGAGUUCGAGUCCCUAUGAGGUCUAGAGGAUGGGCUCUAAAGAAUAAAGCUAAUCGAAUGAGUCGUCAUAUUUCUAAUGAUAACAUUCAAGGAUCAUCUCCAACAACAAGUCCACUUCGCUCCCAAUCAGGAUAUGAUCUUGCCAAUGAGUUGGAUGACACUUCAAAAUUCACCACAAUUGAAAAGGGAGACAUGCCACCGAUCAAUCGGUUUUUGCUGCUAUCUUUUUUCCCUUCAGGAUUCUGGCCCAGAUUGAUUAGCAGAAUUCUCUCAGACGAUCGAAUCGUUGAAAUUAUUAGAAACUAUUUUAAUCCCCAUCAUUCUUCUGACAUCACUCCAGAAGUUGUUAAAGUAUUAGAUGAAAAGGCAGAAUGGUGUUGUUGGCAGACAGGAAUGGAAUUAAAAUAUGGUGACUUACUAGUCAUGAGAAUUAAAGAAGUCACUGGAGAGAAACCCUUCACUUUUAUGCUCCGCAGAGACGAUGGUGCUUUAUGUGAGUCUGAUGUGUGUGACGAAACCAACGCCAAUCUUCCCUUCAUCAAAGAAGACUCAAAUUCUGAACAAGUUUGGGAUGCUGUAGAUUUAUCUGAAACUGGGCUUCUUGAAAUUCACAUUCCUGCUCGCCGGAUAAUGGUCAAAAUUCCAGUUGAAAAAGUGUCCCCGCAGCGAGGUGGAAAAGCAGAUAAUCCAUUCAGAUUGAUAAAGUUGGAACCCUGCGUCGAAAGCAUUGUGAAAUUAUUGGCUCUAACCGUUGAUCAUGUUGAUACAUUGCUUGAGGAUUGGUACCCUUCAAUUGGCACACGAUUUGUCCAUACAUCUGAAGGAAAAUAUUUGAUAACUAGACUGAUUCCUUGUCCACACUGCUUUCCAAUUGAACGAGUUGAACGUCAAGACCCAAAUACAGAUACCAAUGUAGCCUCAACAUCUCAUCACGAGAAUAAUGAGCGAACAUGGCCCUAUUACUCUUCUCCUGGGACUCAUCGACCUGACGUUUUUAAAAUAUUUGGAUUUGGAAUUGGAAACAGAAGUCCCAGAAUGUCAAGCGAUUCCGGAGUUGGAAAUAGUCCGACCAAUACUCGAGUUUCUUCAGUUGAUUCAAACAUUGACGUCAAAGAGAGUAAGGAACCAGAGGAAACACUGCCAGGCGGAAUAUUACUAAAAACAGGAAACAGAGUGGAAGGAAUCACGAGAGAAACUUCCGGUCUCAACUACUUUCUCCGUGGAUCAUCAGGAACCGCAGCCAAACAAGUAGCCAUGUAUUCUUGGAGUGUCGAAUAUUGCAUCCUUCACGGACAAAAAUCUUUUGAAACUGACGCUAUCAAUGUUGAUGAAAGUUCCGAACCUGCUGAUGCUGAUAGUAGUGACAAAUCACAGAUUCAAACUUUUGGAGUGAAAUGUCCCAAGCAUGGCGAUGUUCUGCUAAAGGAUAUUGCUCCAGAUAUUUUGUUCCUGGAUUUGAAUUCUCGAUAUUUGUUGAAGCAUGCCGACAUUCAAAGAGGAAAACUGCUUGGUCGUGGGGCAUUCGGAUUUGUUUUUGGUGGAACGUUGACUCAAAAAUAUGACUCUAAACUAAUGGACGUUGCAAUCAAGACCUUCCAACCAAUUGACCCCGGAACGGAAAACAGCGAGGCUGAAGUUGCCUAUAAACUUGCAAGAAAUAAAUGGUUUCGAGCACCAGCACAGUCGUCCUGUCGAGCUUAUAUCGCAGCAAGAGGAGAAGUUCGAGUACUGUAUUGGGUCUCACAUCCAAACGUUGUUCCAUUCAUUGGUUUAUGUCAAUCGCCGUUGUCUAUCCUUAUGCCACGCGCUCCACGUGGAGCUCUAGACGUUGUUCUCUCUGAUUAUAGAAGAUCUGGAGACAAAGUAAAAGAGGAAACAGCCCAAGUUACAAUUAUUCAGAUUGGGAAAGCGUUGGAAUACUUACACAGUCAUAGAAUAAUUUAUCGAGAUCUUAAAUCAGAGAACAUUUUGGUUUGGACAUUUCCUCAGCCAUUUUCUAAACUAGAUGACAUUACGAGUGUAGACGUAAAAGUAGCCGAUUAUGGAAUCAGUAGAGCGUCAUUUCCAACAGGAAGUAAGGGGUUUGGAGGGACGGAAGGUUUCAUGGCCCCAGAAAUUAUUAGAUAUAACGGCGAAGAAGAAUAUACCGAAAAAGUUGACAUAUUCUCUUUUGGUAUGCUAUUGUACGAGUUAAUCAGUUUAAGGCAACCAUUUGAUGGCUGUGAAAACGUAAAGGAAAGUAUCUUGGAGGGAAUGCGUCCCUCGUUGUCACAAAGGGACUGCGAAUUGUAUCCUCUUUAUCUGCUGGAUUUAAUGGUUGUGUGUUGGUCACAUGCAUCGAAAGAUCGACCAACGGCGACGCAAAUCGUUAUGAUAGCUUCUGCCCCAGAAUUUACUAUCAUCCGCGAUGUCGUAUCGCUUGGCUCAGUUACCAACGUCGUGGCUGCCUUAGGGUUGCAGUAUGGUGAAGAUCGAGAGAUUUGGGCGAGUUGUUCAACAGGAGGGAUUUAUUGCUUAAAAGUCAAAACCACCAGCAGCGUGGAUAGUUGUCAUUUGUUUGAAUUUAUUUCUGGCGUAGUAACGGCCAUGUGCCCUGUAGAUGAUUGUGUGUGGAUGGGGGAUACCAUGGGAAAGAUUAGUGUAUUUAAGAUCAGUGACUACAGCAAACAUUUGGAAUCUGACUACGAAUCUCUAGUCGGAUAUGUUGGGGCUGUAGUAUCGGUACAAUUUCUUUGUUCCGUGGUUGGAGUUGCCUUUUCUAGUGGGAGAUUAUUUUUAUGUGAUAAAACUACUGCGCAUCCUUUUACUGAGUUGGGAAAAACUCCGGUCAUACAUUGCUUAAGUUGCAGAACUGUUGAAGAUGGGUUGAUGGAGCUUUGGACUGGAGAGAAAGCUGGACAGAUGACCGUGUACAGCAUUAAAGAACGUUCGGUGUCAUCGCAAGAAAUCAUUAAUCAUUACGAGUCAAAAAUGGAUGCCGUAGAAGUAUUGCUAGUUGAAGGUCAUGUCAAUCAAGAACUUUUGUUUUCAUACGUCUAUCCUGGGAGCGUAGUUUACGGCUGGGAUUGCAACAGGAGAGAGAUGAUUUCAAGAUUAGACGUAGGAAAACUUUUACCUGUUAAAGAAUCCAUGGAGGAAGAAUUGAAUCAUAAACCACUUCAAGUCACGGUAUUGAGGGCAUCUCUUAACGAGGUAUACGUUGGAACAAAUCGUGGCUUUGUUUUCUUAGCAGACAUAAAACGACUUCGUCCUAUAACAUUCUUCCGACCAUUUGAACAAGAUGUGCGAUCAUUUUGGAUAUUUAAAAAUACUGCUAAAUUUAGUGGAAGUGUAGGAAAUCUUUCCGAGCAAAAAGACAUUGUGGAACAUACGGCUUUUGACAAAAUUCAUUCCAGCGCAAGCAGCUCAAAUAUAAGUAAUUCGACUACUGAUGGGAAAACUGGGGGUGGGGGUGGCGGCGAUGAGCCAGGUGAUAUACGAGGAAUUUCUCCAACCCCCAGUUCUUCUCAUGACACGGCAGCCAAUACCCAAAUUGUGAUUGGAAUUGGAAAAGGAUUUUCUAAUUUGAUUGAAAAAAGUGUUGGCGUGCAAUUUCCUGAACAGAGACAAAGGCGCAAGGCAUUUGCUAUGUUGUGGCAUAUGUCAGAUAUUUCACUUUAAUUAUUAUAACAGCGUGUUGUACUCUUAUGAAAUUACUCUUAUUUUUUGUACCUGAACAUUAGCAUUGAUAGUAUAGUAAUAGUAAUAAUAUUAUUAUAUGACGUAUUAUUUUGAAUUUUAAAUCUAAGGGUAUAAUGUGACGGAUUGUAUGAAAGUGAAUUAGUUUUUCUAUAUAAUAUGUAUUUAUGUUGUUGACGUUCACGUAUUGUUACCAAUUCAUUAUACCACAUGUAAUACUUACAUAGUCAUUAAAUUUGUCAUAACUGGUGCUUAAGCUUCCUUAGUUUUAGUUUUUAUUGUAAUUCAGGUCAGUAGUAUACUGUUUCAUCCCGUUAUAUGUUUCGGUUUCGCAAUAAAGUUCGCACAACACACUGGAUAAAAA